AUGUUCCCGUGGCUGCUCCUGGCACUGAGUAUCUGCUCCUGCCCUGGCACAGGCAUGUCCCCAGCUGUCCCCCCACGCCGCAUGGACUCGGUGCUCGACAUCCUGGACGCCCUCGAGUCCCCGGCCCGAGGCGGCUCCCCCGGCACUGCCGUAGCCUUGGGGAGGGGGCUGGGGGUCUGCAGCACCCCAGGGUGCCAGGCGGUGCUGGGCGAGCCCCCCAGUACCCCCAAACGCCCCUCGGCUCUCACCCCGGGCCAGUGGCAGCUCCUGACCGAGCUCCUCCGCCGCGACCCAGCGACACCAGAGCUGGGGGCGGUGCUUGCCCCCGACGGCUCCACGGUAGCUCUCGGUCCCCUCCUGGCCGGCAUCGAGGUAGGGCUGAGAUCCGGUGGCUUUGGGCCACCCCUCCCCACCCUCGACCCGCCGGCCGACCCCCUCUUGGCUGUCACCAUUGCCGAAGCUUUGGGGACAUCGUUCCUGCUGGCUCGGGGGGGUGACAACAACGCCACCACGCUGGGACCCAGCGGCUGCUGGGACAACGUGGAGAACCCCCAAAAUUACACCUUGAGGGGUCCCCCGUCUCCUGUCCCUGACCAUGUGGCCAUCGGGGCCAUGGAUGGGGUAGUCCUGGGGGUGCAGCUGGCGCAGGGACCUCUCCCGGUGGCUGAACUGCUCCGGGGCUACUACGGGGUUGGGAAUGGCUCAGAAGUGGGGAGACCCCCCAGCAGUUACCGGCGCCGGGAUUUUGGGAUGCUGGUGGAACAGGGACGGCUGGAGAAGGAGGUGGCAGCGGUUUUGGGGAUGCUGAAGACACUGUCGCCCAGCCUGGAGCUCCUGAGGGACAUGGGGACACAAGAGGUGGUGGCCGUGGCUCGUCAGGCAGCGCAGGAAUUCAGCGAGCGCUACGUGGAGUGCCCAGCCAUCGUGCCUCGCUGCCUGUGGGGUGCCCGUCCCUACCGGGGUACCCCAGCCCUGCUGCGGCCCCCGCUGGGCUCAGUGUUCCUGCACCACACCCUGGAGCCGGCACAGCCCUGCUGGACCUUCAGUGCCUGCACCCGUGCCAUGAGGGACAUGCAGCGCUUCCACCAGGACACUCGUGGCUGGGAUGACAUUGGCUACAGCUUCGUGGUGGGCUCAGAUGGGUACCUGUAUGAGGGCCGGGGCUGGCAGUGGGUCGGUGCCCACACCAAGGGCUACAACACCCAAGGCUUUGGUGUUGGCAUUGUCGGUGACUUCACGGCCACCCUGCCGGACCCUGACACGCUGGCCCUGGUGCGGGAUGAGCUCCUGCCCUGUGCCAUCCGCUCUGGCCACAUCCGGCCGGACUUCACCCUGCGAGGCCACCGCCAGCUUGGGCGCACCAACUGCCCUGGCAACGCCCUCUUCCAGGAGAUCCAGAGCUGGCCCGGCUUCCAGGGGACACCAGUGCCACCAGGGCUUGGGCAUCCCGAGCCCCCCAGCUGUCUUUUCGGAGGGAUUCCAGGAGCCACCCUUAGAGGGGUGACCCGCUGUGUUCCCCUCGGUGUCGCCGGCGCGUCCCCAGCGGAAGCAGUGUCAUCACCUCCCGCGGCAGAGGCGAAGAAGAAGGAGAAGGAGGCGAUGGAAGUGGAAGCCCUCCUGGCCACCCCCCAACCUCCCACCCUAAUGAAGACCUACACAUGGCUCACCAUGACUACUGUCACCCUCAGGGGGGGACCCAGAAAGGGUCGGGGGGUCCUCGGGGAGCCAGUGCUGGGUGUGGCUGCAGGGCUGGAAACGGUCCUACAGUCACACCGACGGCACCCAAGAAUCCACGGGGACUUGAGGGGACUCGAGGGGACAAAGCCACCCCUGCAGCUGUACCUGCGCUCCGUGGGCAGGAGGAGGGGACACAGCGGCACCAGGGCAGAGCUGAGGGAGCAGGAUGGGGCAAAUAAACCAGUGCAGACAGAUCAAAUGAUGACCUUCUGUCUUCCCCAACUCCGGCAACUUCGUACACAAACAAUAGGCAAACAUAUCUCCAACCAGCAUGAGUCGGCCAUCAUUUAG